AUGGUUAGAACAAGAGGUGGACCUCGUGCCUUAGGUAGUGGUACAGACAGAGGCAUGGGUCGAGAUGAGGAUGAUAUUGAUGUUUCCCGGCAUCGUAGGCCUAUCGCUUCUGCCCGUAGGCAACGGGUUCAGGUUGAUGUCGCUGAGAAAGUUCCUCAGGUGAUUGAGGAUGUUCCUCCUCAGGUGACUGAGGAUAUUCUUGAUGUGACAAAGGAUGUUCCUUAUGUGGAUGAGGACAUUUCGACUGCAGACUUAGAUGCUGCGAACGUAGAUGUUGCAGACGUAGCUGCUGAUGGUGCCGAGGGAUCACCUACUGAGCAUGGCGAGGGAUUCCCUAGUGGGCCACAUGACACAUCAUUGCUGACAUCAUUUGCAGACCAUGUGGCAUACAAUAUCUGGUGUGGUGAGGAACGACCUGAGUUGAAGCUGGUCUCCUAUGGUAGGAAAGUUGAUAAAUUUAGGAGUCCAACGCCUGAGAUUGAAGACCUUGUUGCCGGCACCAGAUUAAGUCCAUUGAUCGGGUGUUCUAUGGUCACCGGCGAUCCUGGACUGAUAUCCGCAUUUGCGGAGAGGUUUGAGCCUCUGGGCGUGGACGAGGUGGUCUUGCUGUUAACGGAGCUUCUAGAGGUAUCCGGCAAGGAGGCUCGAGCUGAGACCGCGUUUCGAGACCCGAGUCAGUCUGCGGGCUAUGCCUGGGGAGUUGCCGCGCUGGUUCACAUGUAUGACCAGCUAAAUGAAGCUUCACAGACCCCCACACGAUAA